CAGUUCCACUUCCACUCCACCACUCCCUAGCUCCAUCCAUGGCGUCGCUGACCACCAGCUCCUGCCUGCUCCUCCUCCUGGCGCUCCUCCUCCCCCUCGCCGCGGUCGCCGUGCCGCGCGGACACCGCUUUCCGUCGCUCCAGCUCUCGCCGGUCAACGCCUCGGAGCCACCCACCGCCUUCUUCGAGGUGGACCGCCCGAUCCAGCCUCCGCGCGGCAGCGUCGGGCCCUGCUCCGCGCUGCUCCUCUCCGGCUCCUUCGGCUACACCUACGGCCGCCCUCCGGCCACCGCCGCCUACGCGCCGCCCGAGUGCCUCGCCGCCGCGCGCGCCGGGGGCGGGUCGCUCGCGCUCGCGGUGCUCGAGUGGAGCGCCGACUGCCGCGGCCGCCAGUUCGACCGCAUCUUGGGCGUCUGGCUCUCCGGCGCCGAGCUCCUGCGCAGCUGCACCGCCGAGCCGCGCCCCAACGGCAUCCUCUGGUCGGUCUCCCGCGACGUCACCAGGUACGCCGCCCUCCUCUCCGAGCCUGGCGAGAUCGCGGUGUACCUUGGCAACAUCGUCGACAGCACGUACACCGGCGUCUACCACGCCAACCUCACCCUCCAUCUUCACUUCCACUCCACAACUCCGUCACCGCCGCCAACGCCGCACGCCGAUUUGAUCCUGCCCAUCUCGAGAAGCCUGCCUCUGAACGACGGGCAGUGGUUCGCCAUCCAGAAUUCGGCCGAUGUGCAGUCAAAGAAGCUCGCCAUUCCGUCGAACACCUACAGGGCGGUCCUUGAGGUGUUCGUUUCGUUCCACUCCAGUGACGAGUUCUGGUACACGAACCCUCCCAACGAGUACAUUGAGGCCAACAAUUUGUCCAGCAUUCCUGGCAAUGGUGCGUUUCGGGAGGUUAUUGUUAGAGUCGACGAACACGUCGUCGGUGCUGUUUGGCCGUUCACUGUCAUCUACACCGGUGGUGUCAACCCGCUUCUCUGGCGGCCAAUCACCAGCAUUGGCUCAUUCAACCUACCUACCUAUGACAUUGAUAUCACGCCAUUCUUGGGCAAGCUCAUGGACGGCAAGGAGCACAAUUUUGGGUUUGCUGUGACCAAUGCAUUGGAUAUGUGGUACAUUGAUGCCAAUCUGCAUCUGUGGUUGGAUCACAAGAGCAAGAAGACAGUCGGGAGCUUGAUCAGCUAUGAUGCAGCUUCGUCGGCAAAUGUGGACUCACAGUUCAGCGGGCUGGACGGGCGGUUCGUGACGAGCGCAAGCCGGCAUGUCUCCGCCACCGGGUGGGUGGAAUCGUCGCACGGAAAGGUCAUGACAACUUUCUACCAGAGAUUCAGCUACAAAAACAGCAAUGUGUAUAGCAAGAGCGGCAGUGAGCAAGUGGUGAACCAAACGAUCGACGCCAAUUCAGGUGUUUCCGCCACGAACGGCGCCAUGCUGCUGCUCUCAGAAGAAGUUCACCAGGUCUUCCCACUCUAUCUUUUCUCUGGGACCUCGGACGAAGUGGGUGAUGAGUACUCGCUGGUUUCGGUUGUCAAGCUGGGCAUCAAUGAGAAGAGGGCCUCUGGUGGGGAGCAAGGCUUCUCAUACAGCUCUCUGCAGAAUGAGCAGUCGGCACGCGGUAGUAUGAGGGUGAAGGGGAAUUUGGUGACUUCUGGGUCCGGUGAGAACCACCAGGUGUAUAAAUAUGUGGGUACCGAUGGAUGCUACUUCAGAGAUGUCAACAGCAAGAACUACACUGUCGUUUUCGACCACUCUGGUGACUCGUGCUUAAAGGGAUCAUCACGAGUUAAUGGCUCCAGAUUGCCCUCCAGUUAGUUUAGACGAUCUGUUGAUCGAACUGUACUGCAAGUUAGAGAAUAAGAUUGCAUAGGCUAUCCUGUGCCUCGUGUGGUAGGUAGAAAUAUUGGAAAUUUCAAUUUAGACUUACUGUUUUCGAAUGUAUCAGUGACACUCUUAAUUUGGUUCGAAAUGAUUCUGCUCUGCACAGGUUUGAAAUGAACUGUACUACAAGUUACUACUUAUUAA